UCCAAUAAAACUCAAUGAAAUACUCUCUGUGUUUUUCAUACUCUGGCUGAUUCAUUUGUUUAUCCUUUAAGUAAUGUAUUAAAAAUCGUGAAAAAAUCCUUGAAAUUUUCAAAAAGAAAUCCUUUUUUAAUUGGCUCCGACAGCGAUAGAAGGACGUCAGACAACGAAGCCAAACGGGGGAAAAAGAAUAAAAUUAAAAGCCAAAUAGCAUUGGAGUGCAAAAGAAAAAAGUUAAUAAAUUUUUAACAAAGACUUGGGAAAAACACCACCAGACGAAUAGGGGCCUUUGCUGAAGAGGUGAUAGAGAAAGUUUUAUUGAGUUCUAAUCUAAUUUAUAUUCGUGGGAAGCGAAAAAGGUGUUUGUAGCUUACACUUAAAACAUGUCUGGAGAAGAAACGUCAGCAGAUCGUAAUGUGGAAAUAUGGAAAAUAAAGAAAUUAAUAAAAAGUCUGGAAAUGGCUCGUGGCAAUGGCACUAGCAUGAUUUCUUUAAUUAUUCCACCCAAGGAUCAAAUAUCCAGAGUGAGUAAAAUGUUGGCCGAUGAAUUUGGCACCGCCUCCAACAUUAAAUCGCGUGUUAAUCGCCUCUCUGUCUUGGGUGCUAUCACCUCGGUCCAACAUAGACUUAAACUGUAUACCAAAGUGCCUCCCAAUGGUUUGGUCAUUUACUGCGGUACUAUUGUCACCGAAGAAGGUAAAGAAAAGAAGGUUAAUAUCGAUUUUGAACCCUUCAAACCCAUCAACACUUCAUUGUAUUUGUGUGACAAUAAAUUUCACACAGAAGCUCUGACCGCCCUUUUGGCCGAUGACAAUAAAUUUGGCUUUAUUGUUAUGGACGGUAAUGGUGCAUUGUUUGGUACGUUGCAGGGUAAUACCCGUGAAGUUUUGCAUAAAUUUACCGUUGAUCUGCCGAAGAAACAUGGUCGCGGUGGUCAGUCCGCCCUGCGUUUUGCCCGUUUACGUAUGGAGAAACGACACAAUUAUGUGCGCAAAGUUGCCGAAGUCGCUACUCAGUUGUUUAUCACAAAUGACAAGCCAAACAUAGCUGGCCUUAUAUUGGCGGGUAGUGCGGAUUUUAAAACUGAACUGAGUCAAUCUGAUAUGUUUGAUCCGAGACUGCAAUCGAAAGUCAUCAAACUUGUUGAUGUUUCUUAUGGUGGUGAGAAUGGUUUCAAUCAGGCUAUCGAAUUGGCUGCAGAAUCUUUGCAAAAUGUUAAAUUUAUUCAGGAAAAGAAACUAAUUGGUCGUUAUUUUGAUGAAAUUUCUCAGGAUACUGGUAAAUAUUGCUUUGGCGUUGAGGAUACUUUACGCGCCUUAGAGUUAGGCUCUGUUGAGACAUUGAUAUGUUGGGAAAACUUGGAUAUACAACGUUAUGUUUUGAAAAAUCAUGCCAAUUCAACAUCUACCACGGUAUUGCAUUUAACGCCGGAACAAGAAAAGGAUAAAUCGCAUUUUACGGAUAAAGAGACUGGCGUAGAAAUGGAACUGAUUGAAUCUCAGCCUCUGUUAGAGUGGCUGGCGAACAAUUACAAAAUGUUUGGUGCCACUCUAGAAAUAAUCACUGACAAAUCCCAAGAGGGCAGUCAAUUUGUACGAGGCUUUGGCGGCAUAGGAGGUAUUUUACGCUAUAAAGUUGAUUUUCAGUCACUACAAGCUGAUGAACCUUUGGAAGAUGUUGAUCUUGACGAUUAUUAAAUUUGUUAUUAUCAUACAAUUAUAUAUUUUUUCCAGCAUUUUUCAUAAUUCAAAAAAGAAACGUAACAAACAAACCAACCAACCAACAGACAAAGAAGCAGCUUGUUCAUCUCACAUUAAUAUUUAUAAUAAUAAUUAAAGAAAUACUUUAACAACAACGGUCAUUACUAUAUAUAUUUCAACCCUACUUACAUGAAUAUAUUGGUGGCUAGUAGUUUUACAAAUUAAAUUUAAGUAUCAAUUUUUUUUUAAAUAUUCCCUAGUACAUACAGAAGUAUGUAUACAUAUAAAAAAUUUCUUUAGCAUUCCAUUUAAAAUAUGUGUAUAAUUUUUAGUUCUUUUUUUAACAUUUAACUUUUAAAACUUACAAGCUGCUAUCCACGUAGUAUGAGAAAAAAAAAAUACAAAAGAAAACCGUAAUAAAAAAUUGAAUUGAAUUGAAA